CGCGAAAGCAUAAACCUCGCAGGCCUCGUAACUGCGUCUUGAAUCCCAGACACCUGACUGGCGUUAAAAAAACGCGCAUAACCGCAGAACAUAUCGAGACAAAACAACGCGGGACAGCUUGAAGAACUGACGAAUAGCAGAAGAUGAGCAAAGAUUUUGAAGAGAAAAUUGGUCGGUCGUCAAACGAUAGAUCUGGUCGGGGAAACGCGUCGAGAACGACAAGCCAUCGCAAAGCAUAUCUCUUCGGUGGGUUUCUUCUCCUGGCCGGCGGUGUAAUCUGCAUUGUCGUCGGCGUAUACGCGUCCAAGUUGAAUCGCGAAGUUGGAAAUGACAAGAAGGGGUGCCCUGAAUCUCCACUCUCUCAAUGCACGUUCUCGGCCGAAGCGAAGCGGGUGAAGCUGCCGGAGUUUCUCCAAAAAGUCAAAGAGGUUUAUUACAAAAUGUAUCCAGAGACACACGCUUGGGAGGAUUACAUCGACGACGAUGAAUUGAUCAAAAACGUGCAAGAAAGGUACCUUCCGUACGAUCCAAAUCCGUUGAAAUUGAAGGAGAAAACAGAUCAGUCCAUGGCACUUCUCACUGAAAUUAAGAGCAAGGUUAUCAACAUCGAUGAAUUAACUCCCCGGGAACUGAAGACACUUGAACAGUUGAAACACUAUCUCCAGCACAGUUUUGGGAAUCCUUACGACGAGAACUAUUACAAUGGAGACUGGAUGAUGGGACCAAAUUUCUUCUGUUGGCAACCAUUCUGCAUAAUACAUUCUCAACUGAUGUCUUACGGCUAUUUUAAAGUACCAACCUCGUACAAGGACGUGGAAGAUACUAUUGCUAUGAUAAUGAAACACAAAACAGCAAUCGAGAGAUACAGAUCGAAUAUCGAUCUUGGCGUGAAAGCAGGCAUGGUGAGAUCGGUAGAAGACUGUAUAUCUGGGGUUGAUGCUCUAAAAGAGAAAUCCAAAUAUUUAACAAAGACGAAUAGAUCGGAAAGUGUACUUGAUGAAGAAUACACGGCACCUUUUCAAGCUAAAGAUUUUCUUGAUUAUGUUCCGGAGAGCGAUUUGCAGUUGUGGAUUAAGAAUAAUAAGAAGACAGCUUCGUCGUCCAUCAAAGAGGCAUUGACUGAAGGAUUCGGUAAGCCAAUGUUGGAUCUAAUAAAUUACCUCGAACACGAACACAUACGUCACUGCAUCCCCAGUCACGUGUCCAGCGGCUUGGUAAACCUGCCCCUUAAAUACGUAUACAAAGAUGGUAAGCCAACGGCAAAAAGAACGACAAGGAAACUACCGACGGGGGAGCAGUUGGAUGGCCGAAAAAGCUACAAAAGUACCGUGUCUUACUUCACUACAGCCGACAUCACUACUGACGAGAUCUUGGAAAAGGGAAAGAAACAAAAUGAAGUGUUUUACAAAGAGAUCCUCAAGAUUACCAGAUCAAUCAUGAACUCUACAAACACAUCGAAAGCGGUGAACAAACUGAGGAAGUUUCUAAGCGCAGACACACAAUGGCACAACGAAAGAAAGUUUCCAGAGAACGAGUCAAACGCCAAGGCUUUCAAAACAUGCGUUGAUAAAGAAUCCGCUAAGAAAUUCUGCCCAGUGAGGUACGCCGCAUUGAAGAAAUGGAUUGCAGCGUGUCGUGAGAUCAUGGCUCUCAUUCAUCCACAGUUCAUUUACGCAUUUCACGUGACAGGAAAGCGUAUGACAUUGCCGAACUGUCCGAUUGAAAUCUACCCUCACUUCAAUCCAUCAAAAGGCACCAUGCAAUUCGUAGAAAGUGAUGAAACGUGCAGCUCGCCGACCGAGUUCAGAUUACCGUUUUUCUUGGAACGUUAUGGACCAAAAUUCCAAGAAUGGUCUGUGGUUGCACACGAGACCAGGCCGGGACAUCAUUUACAAGCACAAGGCAUGAGGGAGUAUUUUCAGAGUGGUUGUAGAGGACUGAUGUCUUGGUUAGAUGACAGGACGAGCGAGUCCUUUUCAGCGUUUACAGAAGGCUGGGCAUUGUACAGCGAAAAUCCGAUUAUGUCGGAUGACACAGAAUUGUACAACGAUAAUCCAUUUCAAAAAUAUGGCAUGUUGAAGUGGCAGGUUUGGCGAGCAUUAAGAUUGAUAAUUGAUACUGGGUUGCAUGACAGAGGAAUGAAGAGGGACGAAGCGUUGCAACUCUUCGACCAAUUUGCAUGGGAUAGCACCGACUUUGCAGUAAAAGAGCUUACGCGAUAUCAGAGCUGUCCUGGGCAGGCUACGGCCUACAUGAUUGGCCGACUGACGAUAAUGGAACUUCGCGAGAAAACCAAGAGGGAACUGGGCGAGAAAUUCAGCCUGAAAGACUUUCACUAUCAAGUUUUGUCGCAAGGAAACGGUCCGUUGUCGUUCUUACGAAAGUACAUAGAAAAGUAUAUCGACUGCGUAAAGAAAGACUUGAAAACUGCCCUAUGCCAGUCUAUUUUGGAGCCACAAAAGAAGCCUGUGGGAACAGAAGUAUUUUCCCAGAAACGCACGGCACUAAAGUUGAGAUUACUGCAUAUCAAAUCACGUCAUAGACAUUACCCGUAAAAUGAUUUUAAAGCGUUGUUUACAAGAAUAUAUGACUGUAGUUUGAAACGCUAAGCUUAUGCAACAUAUGAAUAAGAUAUCAACAUAAAUAUUUAAUAAUUUUAUAUGUAUCUUGUAUAAAACCUCGGAGUACACGUAGUUGUUGCCAUUUAAUAGAAUAGACCUUUUUCAUAAUGACGUCAAACGCGGAAGAAAAAUCUGAUUGGCUCUGCUUUACGAAGUUUGAUUGGCUCGAUAGUUUUGUGGGGCCAAUCAGACUUUACGCGUUUGACGUCAUUAUGAGAAAGCUCUAUAGCAAAUUGAAUUGUUUCAACUUGCCGACAAUUCAAAUUUGAUUACCGCAUGGAAUUUGAUUGGUUCGCCAACAAUUUGCAACAUUGCCGAGCCAAUCAAACUUCGCGUAAUAUCUUGUUUCAGAGUUUCACGUUACUGUCCCUCUCACCGUCUCUUAUUCUGCGUCGUAAAGUUGGUGUUGAAACACUUCACACCCCCUUCCGAUAGUUGGCAAUGUGUCUCCUAUGAUUGGUAGUGGACAAUAUAGUGCACACUGCGUUCGAUUCAUGUAUUGUAUAUAAUACUAUAUUCACACGUGUUAUUCGAUGUGACUUUUCUGUCUUUUAAUGUUCCGUUCAAUGCUAAAUGAUGUUAAUUUAUCUAUAUGUAUGUAAGGUGAUCAAAUUCUACGAAAUACAAUAUAAUACCAGAUAUAUUUCACUGAUAAUAUUCAUUUUUAUAUAGCCUAAAUUUAGAGAUGAAAACUAAUUC